AUCCGUUUAUUCAUUUUAAUUUUUUUAAAUUUUAUUUUAAUAUUAUUUUGCUAAUUCAUUUUCUUUUUUUUAUAGUAAUGGAAAAUUCUAAUGCUGGAGAAAAUGGUUUAUUGGUAAAUGGUGUUCACAAUCCUUCCGUCAAUUUAACUUCAAAUAAUGAUUCUACCAAUCUUUGCAAACCUCAAAACGUCGGAAUUAUUGGAGCAGAAUUUUAUUUUCCAAAAUCUUAUGUUGAUCAAAAAGAAUUGGAAAAGUUUGAUAAUGUCUCUCCAAAUAAGUAUACUUUGGGAUUAGGCCAAUUUGAAAUGGGUUUUUGUCAUGAGAACGAGGAUUCGUGUUCAAUGGCUUUAAGUGUAACUGCUCAAUUGUUGGAAAAUUAUAAGGUUGCUCCUACCUCAGUUGGUUUUUUGGCUGUUGGCACAGAAACUUUGGUCGAUCGAAGCAAGAGUAUCAAGUCAGUUCUGAUGGAUUUGUUUAUGGAAUCAGGGAAUACAGACAUUGAGGGUGUAGAUGAAAAGAAUGCUUGUUUUGGAGGAACCCAAGCUUUGCUGCAUUCUGUUGAUUGGUUAUUGGCAAUUGUUGUUUGUGUUGAUGUUGCUGUUUAUGCUAAAGGACCUGCAAGAAGUACUGGAGGUGCUGGUGCUAUUGCUUUUCUUAUAGGUCCAGAAGCUUCUAUUGUUUUCGAUUGUGGUCUUCGUUCUUUUUAUUCCUCCAACGUUUAUGAUUUUUAUAAGCCUAUUGGAGGUUUUUGUACAGAGUAUCCAAAAGUUGAUGGUCCGAACAGUGUUGGAACUUAUUUGCAUGCUUUGGAUGCCUGUUAUAAGGCUAUUGGCUCCUUAAACGAUUUUCGUGCUGUAUUAUUCCAUUCUCCAUAUUCUCGACUUUGCCAAAAAGCAUUUGCUUGGCUUUCUUUUGUCGAUUAUCAAAGAGAUCUGACUCCAGCUGGGUUCUAUAAUGGUUUGGAAGGAUAUAAAAACAUGUCUUUGGCAGAAAUUCUUCAAUUAGAAAAUGGCAAAACUCGUUCAGACAGCAAGGAUCGUUUUACAGAUAAAACGUUAAAUGCUUGUUCCUUCGAUGCUCAACAUAAAUUAGAUCGUUAUUUGGAAUUUGGACAACGGAUUGGAAAUAUUACUCCAUUUAUGCCUGAUUUGAAUGGUCAACGUAUUUUGCUUUUUUCUUAUGGAAGUGGUUGUGUUGCAGCAAUGUUUUCUUUAACGAUUCGUUUUAAUGAUAAAACUAAAGGCUUGUAUAAUGCUUUAAAGAAAAGUGCUGCAGAAGCUUUUGAUAGAUUACAUGAAAGAAUUAAAUUUACUCCUGAACAAUUUACUAAAAUUUUGGAGAAGAGAGAAGAAAUUGUUAAAAAUGGAGAUUGUUAUCUGAAAAAGAAGGAUUGUGAUAUCCCUAUGUUUUCUGGAGCUUAUUAUUUGAAGGAAAUCGAUGCGUCUUUGCGUCGUUUCUAUGGACGUUGUGAUAAAUAUUGA